UAAUUGUAAUUUUCCAUGUUGACAGUAAUUUUUGUCAAGGAAGAAGAUAUUGCGACUUACACCAUAAAAGCAGUGGACGAUCCAAGAACCUUAAACAAGAUCGUCUAUCUUAGACCCCCUGAAAAUAUUUUGUCCAUCAAUGAGAUUGUCUCCCUAUGGGAAAAGAAGAUUGGCAAGACCCUUGAGAAGACUUAUCUUUUCGAGGAUCAACUUCUGAAGAAAAUCCAAGAGUCUUCUAGUCCUUUAAACCUCAACCUAUCCAUUGUUCACUCUGCCUUUGUAAAGGGAGAUCUUACAAACUUUGAGAUUAAGGCUUCUUUUGGCGUGGAGGCUUCAGAACUUUAUCCAGAGGUGAAAUACACCACUGUGGAUGAAUACUUGGAUCAAUUUGUCUAAAACUUGGAACAUUCUUUUGUGGCAAUGUUUUAUCUUACAGUGUACAAUAAAAAUAAAACAUCUGUCGUCUAUGUGGCAUUUGUUACUUGUUGGUUAUGCCUUUGUUUGUGUCGUGUAAACCCUUGGAUUGGGUCCUUAAUUUGUAGCUUUGUUUUCUAGUCAAUAUGUUAGUCAAAUUGUGCAUCUAGUAAUGAAAAUUUCAAAAAUCCUUAUUAUGA